CGGAGUAACGGAGUAAGAGACGCUCACACGGAGGGAGAGCCGGAGAGAAGAGGAAAUGAAGAGCAUUCCACUAUUUCUGAUGGGCUGUGGAGGAGUUGGGCGCCAGCUCCUUCAACACAUCGUGAGUUGCAGACAUCUUCACGCCAAACAGGGAAUGCUUCUGCGUGUUGUGGGUGUAUGCGAUAGCAAAUCCUUGCUUGUUGCAACUGAUGUGUUCACAAAAGACUUAAAUGACUCCUCCUUGAUGGAAAUUUGCCGGGUUAAAUCAUCCGGUUCUUCUUUGUCAAUGCUGAAUGGGUUAGGCGAAUCUCAAAUAUUCACGAACAUGGAAUCAACAGGAAAAGCUUUAGAAAUUGCGGGACAUCUGGGAAGAACGACUGGUUUGGCAGUUGUUGAUUGCUCUGCCAGUUCUGAGACCAUUGAGGUGCUAAAGCAGGUUGUUGAUUUUGGAUGCUGUGUUGUGCUGGCAAAUAAGAAACCUCUUACAUCUUCCAUGGAGGUUUUUGAUAAAUUGGUCUCACAUCCACGUCGCAUCCGACAUGAAUCAACUGUUGGUGCUGGCCUUCCCGUCAUAACAUCUCUAAACCGCAUACUUGCAUCUGGGGACCCCAUCCAUCAUAUUAUUGGGAGUUUGAGUGGUACACUUGGGUAUGUAAUGAGUGAACUAGAGGAAGGAAAACCAUUCAGCCAAGUGGUGAAGGCUGCGAAAUCUCUCGGCUAUACUGAACCAGAUCCACGUGAUGACCUUGGUGGAAUGGAUGUUGCGAGAAAGGGUUUGAUCCUUUCUCGACUUCUUGGAUGGCGUCUCAACUUGGACGACAUUAAGGUUGAAAGCUUGUAUCCUGAUGAAAUGGGGCCUGAUAAAAUGUCCCUCAAAGAUUUUUUGGCUAAUGGGCUUCAAUUGCUUGAUAAAAAUAUUGAGGAGAGAGUUAAACUGGCUUCUUCAAAAGGAAACACACUCCGUUAUGUCUGUUCGAUUGAGGGCACGAGGUGUCAUGUUGGCGUUCAAGAGCUGCCUAAAAACUCUGCUUUGGGGAGAUUGAGAGGAAGUGACAAUGUGUUGGAGAUUUAUAGCAGGUGUUAUAAGGACUAUCCAUUGGUUAUUCAAGGUGCUGGGGCAGGCAAUGACACAACUGCAGCUGGAGUUCUUGCUGAUAUUAUUGAUCUUCAGGAUCUCUUUUCUUCUUCAUAAGGAGCUCUCUUCUUUUUGCAAGAUCUUUGAUGGGUGUGUAGGUCAGUUGGUGGGUAGAGAGA